AUGCCAGCUGAUAUUCCAAAGUCUGUUGUCCAAAAAUUGGUGUUUUUCACCGCAGCUAUGAUAAUAUUUCCUGUCGUGACAUUCUUCGUGUGCCAAUACUUGUUCAGCAAUAAUGCCAUAAUAAGUGGAGGAGUCUCUGCACUCGUGGCAAAUAUUGUGCUAAUUGGAUAUGUGGUGGCCGCAUUUAUGGAAGACACCACAGAACAUGAGCCAGAAGAGACGAAGAAGUCAAGAUAA